UUAAUGCUUUUCCUUAUGAGGUUCCAAAAUGGAUGCCUGAGGUGUUGGUGAAGUUGGCAGAAUGCAUUUCGGAUCCUGCUCCAAUACAGGCAACUGUAAAAAAUACGUUUGCGGACUUCAAAAGAACGCUUGAGACUAUAUGUCGUUUUUUAAAAG